GCAACCUCAACUUUCGAAGAAAGUUCAGCAACUAGAACAGAGCCACCUGAAAGCCUCCUGCCCUCAUCCCAGCUUCACCAGGGCCAUUAAGAUGAAAUAUAUCAUUGGGGGAUCCGGCUCUGCCACAUUAAAUUAGACAUACAUAUGUACCACAACCAGCAGUACGUGUGAUUGUGUCUGCAUCUGACGCGAGGUUGAGCAGUAAUUUAAUUUCAAAUCAACACUUGGUGUCAUGUAUUUCAUUACCAGCCUUAAAUAAUUCUGUUUUUUUUAUAUAUAUAUAUUUUAUACUUAAAGUGUAUUUUUACAAACUUGAUUUGGUUUGCUUUUUCUGAUUAUUGCUAUUUUUUGUAAACACUUGUCCUGGGAGGAAAAGGAAGAUUGCACCACCUAGGAUUGUUAUGAAGACUUUGGUUUAAGUUAUGAACAGCAUGGAAGGAUCCAGUUUUGGGAUAGACACAAUAUUGUCCAACGCUGGUUCCUGCAGCCCUGGUAUGUUGAAUGGAGACUUUAGAGAUGGGAGGGCGGCGGAUUUUAGGAGCCAGGGCCCGCUCUCACCAAGCUCGGAAAUAGACACUGUGGGAAGUUCUCCUUCAUCUCCUAUCUCAGUUACUAUGGACCCAACAGAUCAGCACCGGCUGGUGGACAGCGCCCAUCAUCAGCAGCUCCAUCACCUACACCACAGCCAGCAGCAGUCCCCACCACAGCAGUCGGCACAGCUGGGCUCUGCUCCCAGGACUUCCACCUCUUCUUUCCUAAUUAAAGACAUUUUGGGAGACAGUAAACCUUUGGCUGCCUGUGCCCCAUACAGCACCAGUGUGCCCUCACCUCAUCACACGCCUAAACAGGAGGGCAAUGGGUCGUCAGAAAGUUUCCGGCCAAAACUGGAGCAGGAGAUCCAAGAUGGUAAAGGGAAGGCGGAAAAAAUUAGAGAAGACCUUCAUACAGACAGCAAAGGACACGGGACUAAGGAAGAAGGUGAUCGGGAGAUUACUAGCAGCCGGGACAGUCCUCCGGUGAGAGCCAAGAAGCCCAGGAAGGCGAGGACAGCUUUCUCUGACCAUCAGCUAAACCAGUUGGAGAGGAGUUUUGAGAGACAGAAGUACCUGAGUGUUCAGGAUCGCAUGGAUCUGGCAGCAGCUCUGAAUCUCACGGAUACUCAGGUCAAGACCUGGUACCAGAACAGGAGGACAAAGUGGAAGCGUCAAACUGCGGUCGGUCUGGAGUUGCUGGCCGAAGCUGGAAAUUAUUCAGCUCUCCAGAGAAUGUUCCCCUCCCCAUAUUUUUACCACCCCAGCCUUCUGAGCAGUAUGGACAGUACGACCGCUGCGGCCGCUGCGGCAGCUAUGUACAGCAGCAUGUAUAGGACUCCUCCAGCCCCUCAUCCACAGCUACAGAGACCACUAGUCCCCAGGGUGCUAAUUCACGGCCUGGGUCCUGGGGGGCAGCCAGCUUUAAACCCCCUGGGUAACCCAAUCCCAGGUACUCCUCACACACGGUGAAGCUAACAACACCUUCUUCACAGCACAAGCACAUUCUAUACAGACCCUCACAGCAGAUCCACAAUUACAGACAAAUCUGGAUAAAGAGAUGACAUCCAAAACAGGGACAAUGGAGCCCAUAUAUGGACAUCGCUACAAAUACAUUAUGAACUCUACUUAUUUAGAGCAGGGACACUAAAGCUGGCAACUCAAGAAAGACAACAAUGUUGCAAAAAAGAUGAAGGAAGAGAUGAGAUUUGGCGAAGAAAUAUUUAACUAAAGGAGAGCACUCUAUGCGAUGAGGGUUAAUAAAAGAAGUAAGAAGACGCCUGGAAGGAUCAGCUCCACAGAUCCAGAAGGAGACCUAGGGAAUGUACUGAAGGAUAGCAGGGACUUUGCACUCAUUUCAUGUGUGCGUGUUCAUUCCCAAAGUGGCAUGCUCCGAAUAUAAAAAAAAAUGUACAUUUAGAAAAAUAAGACUGUAAUAUAUCAUAUUUAUUAUAUGUUGUCUUAAAAACAAACAAACAAAAAAGAUCACUGCUAUCCGUUAAUUCCUUUUCAUUUGGAGCCCGUUACAAAAAUGCUUAGAUGAAGGAUAUAGGUUUUUUUUUGAGGUGAUUGAAUUUAAAAAAAAAAUAAAAUAUAUCUUUUUUUAACAACAGCUGACGUUAAAAAUGAUUUUAAUAAAAUAAUCUGUACAGUAAAACAA